GCCAUUGUUUUGAUUUAGGUUAUGUUUUGACGGUAGUUUUUAAAGAUAAAAUCAAUACUUCUGGCGUUUUUACUUUGAUAUCUUUGUGUAUCAUCGACGAAAACUGUUCGUAAUGUCCGAGUAUUUUUCGUGAAAUUAAAAUAUGAUUGUGAGUGUGUGUUGGUUAUAAAUAUUGCCAUUCUUUGUGAAGUGCCUCUUUUUAAAGUGAGUUUGAACGUAUUGUUAUGACUAACAUGAAUCUGUCAACUCUUCACUUGAACUUCUAGUUUUAAGAAUGGCGUCCAACGGUUCGGAAGAAGAAGAAAUUUGCAGAAAUUGGCGAUUAUCGUAGCCGAAAACAACUACCAGAAGUGACAAAACAUAAAAAAAGAGGGAAUAGAAAAGUUGUGUGGGAUGUUCCAAUGAUCAACCAUGUUCCGGUGCGCACCACACAGCGCCGAUGUGCCCUCUGCAGCACCAAGCAGAAGCCGAGAAGAUCUAACAUGGAGGACUCCAUCCAAGCAUGUAUGUCACUGCGGACGCCAGUAUUCCCGUCACUUCACGCUUGUCCGACAUAUGAGGUACGAGUGUGGCAAGACCGUGGCAGACCUGGCUUGCAGCUUGUGUGACGCCAAGUUCAAACGCAACGACAAUCUCACGCUGCACUACCGGCUAAAACACAACUGGAAGGUUGGCAGUAGUGUCCCACGGGUUGGCAGCAGUGUUGUAGAGUUACCACUGAGCAUGUCGACUUUAGAUGUGACAAAACUCUACAAAAUGUGCAGUGAACGGAACACUGCGAAGAGAUGCGAGUUCCAGCCAUGUCUGCCGCUGUGGCAAGAGUUACGUCCACUCCUUCACCCUGACCAGACAUCAGCGCUACGAGUGCGGGAACCAAACCAGUAACUUCAUCUGUGACAUAUGCGGUGCUCGGUUCAAGAGGAAUGACAAGCUCACCACUCACUACCACCUCAAGCACAAAGUUAAGACCGUUGUUUGAUUGGUUGUCUUCUAAUUCAGUAGUCACCAUCACACAAAUUAUUUUGAAAUAAAUUGAACAGCUUGUACAAUCCAUUACGAUAGUAUAAUUAUUCAGACAGUGUGUUACCGUAUGAACAGCUUGUACAAUCCAUUACGAUAGUAUAAUUAUUCAGACAGUGUGUUGCCGUAUGAACAGCUUGUACAAUCCAUUACGAUAGUAUAAUUAUUCAGACAGUGUGUUGCCGUAUGAGGAAUUGUUGGAUUUACAUGUUCACUGGGAUAAAAGUUUCAUUCUACAUCUUUUGCUUACGGUAUGAAAUUUCGAGACUUAACUAAUAGUUUCAUUUGUGCUUAAAAAACUUUGGGAAAAUACUUUCUGUUCUUACAAAUUGAAAGAUUACAGAGAGGAAAAGGAAACUUAAAAAUUAUUUUUAUAUGAUAAAACCUAUUUUUGGGAACACUACAAAUUCAUGAAGUGUGUGCUCCCAACUUAUAUUUGUAAAUAGCAACCUAUUUUAAUACAUAUUGAAAAGCUGAACAUUUCAAUCUUGUUAGUUGAUCAAAAAUGUAAUUUUUUAUAUAUAAAAGUCUAUAACUUCUGUUUGAAAUUAGAAAAGAAGUAAAGUAGUAAAAGAUCCUCAGUAUUGCAAGCACAUACUAUACAAUUUAUUGUAAUCUUAACUCAUUGCAAACAAGAAUACGGUAAGAGCAAUAAUUAUACAAGCACAACAACUGAACGUGUGAUAGGCCCUAUCAUUUCAUAACUUUUGCAGUACAGAUAAUCAUGUUUCUUAUGUAAUCCUUCAAAAACUUGUUUGCCCAAUCAAUGAUUUUCUUGAUUAUCAAUCUAAUGGUUUAUGGUUCAAUCAGUCAUCUGACUAGUUGUCCUACCAAAUCUAAAAGUAUUAACCUGUCAGUUAAAUUACUAGUUGUAUAACUGAACAUUCAAUCUUACACUUGAUAUUCCAACCAGGAAAUAAUUGAUUGUUCAUACAGUAAUUUGAUUGAUUUUACAAUAAUUAGUCAUGUUCAAUAUUGAUGACUGAUCCACUUGACUUUAACCAGUUGUCAACUUUUUGUUAACUCACUAAGUUGUACGGUUCAUUGCUGAAUUAGUUGUCAGGUUAUUUGAACGUUUAGUUGUUAUUUUUAUCUAAUUAAUUUGCUUUAGUUCUCAUUGUUCAAUUGGUGGAUUAUUCUCUAACUUGAUAUGUUACCAAAAAAAGUAUAAAUAUAGUUAUAGCUUAUAUUCAGUUUCGAUCAAAAUAUGAAAACACUUUUACACAACAUAAUAUGUCAUUUUAUUUUGUUUGUGGAUCAGUGCAAAAUUUUCUGUAAAAAAGAUUAGCGUUAAGUGCACAAGAAGUAAGGGCGAGUGAGCAGACCGGCACAGGCUUACCUCAGUACACAGUUACCGUUAGUCUAGUCACUCCAUGACCAUAACAGAAACUAGCGACACAAAGAUCACUGUGCCUUCGGCUCAACAGUAACUGACUUGUCACUGCUAGCAGUAACCGAUCCCUGACUCCCUGCCUGCUUACAGACAAUACUGCUGGCAGUGGUACGCAAUUUCUUUCCAUGGAUUCAUCCAGAUGCUUUCAAUUGGAUCACUGAUUGUAAUCAUAUUUGUUAUUAAUCUUUUAUUUAUAAGUAAUAUGACAUGUGGCCUUUAAUACAAUAUCAAUUCAAUGUAUUUUGGCUGUUACAUUUUGGCCUGUAUUUAUUAGGCUUAGAUUUAAUUUGUGAAAGCUAUUAUAUUAGAUGGGAGAUAUUAUACUUAUUAUGUAAUAGAAAUGUAUGAUCAUAUUUUUUUACCAAAAAAAUAUGUUUAAUUUGUUGUAGUUUAUCACCAACAUGUUUUGUAAUAUACUGUAAUAAAUGUCAUUUAUUAAAAAAAUAUUAUUAAAAUUUGUUACCUGUUUUAUUUUGUGUCUUUUGUGUACUCAGUCCUUGGAUGGCAUUAUGACAAUGAUAACUUAGUCACACAAAUGAAGUUCAACGGAUGUCUGUAUAAGUGCUUGGUUUUCAUGAAUAGAGUUUUCAAAAGGUUAAGAAAGGUAAAGGUAAAGAAUGCCUUAUUUCACCAGAGGUGUUCUCAUUAUCUCAUCAGGUGCACAAUUGCACAUUCAGGUGCAAGAUUGCAGGAGUCAAGUCUAUGACAGUCAGAUUCCAGAUGCUCACUAAAAGGAUUGUGAACUGGAGCUAAACUCAAACUUUCACAUAGACUGUUACUGAUCAGGUAAAUGGACUUUUAAGAAUACACACAAAUUACCAACACUUGGUUUCCUGGACUUUAAAAAAAUAUAUAUAUUCCAAUUUUUCACAAAUAAUUUAUAUUUUAUAAUAAAUAUAUUUGUAAACUUACAUUUAAAAUUAGUAUUUUUCAUAAAAAUAUGUUAUGCACCAAUUUAAUUAAUUUAAAAUAAAAGGGAAAUGACAUAUUUGGAAAAAUGUUUUAACAUUAUAAUUUUUGGAGAUAAUUUGAUAAAAAUUAGUUGAUAUGUAAGUGCCUAUUAUUACUAAGAUCACUCAGUAUUGAGUCGCAGUGAAGGUAUUAAUCUUGGUUUCUGGUCAUGAAAUUUUAUUUUGUACUUCUUGAGCAAUGUUCCCAAAUAUUAAAGUAACAAAGUUUGAUUUAUUUUUGUUGUUUUUUAUAAGCCGUUUUUAGUACAGACAAUGUUGGUAUAUAAUUUUGAAGAGAAGUUAAAGGGAAUUAUAAAUCUUGCUAAUAAAUAACAGAUGUGUCUUUUUCUAAUAAUUGCAGAAAAUGGUAAAUCACUUGUGUUCAAUAUAUCUGAAAAUUCCUCAACAUUUAUGACAGUCAUAUUGGUACAUUUUCUGGCCGUAAAUCAGUUGAUACGAGUUAGAUAUAUUUGAAAGAUUAUUAGAUAGAGGUUUAUUUUUUAACAUAUUUAAAAUACUUUAUUUUGUUUUGUUUUUUUUUUUUUGCAACCAGAGGAAAGAUGUAUCUGAAGAGUCCUUGUAUUAAUGAUGGAUUCCCGAGGCAUUCCACAAUGGCAUAAUAAUUAUGUAAUCAUGAAAUGUUUUAGGAUUUUAACAACAUUGCUAACGGCAACAAUUCAGUUUGCAGGGAGAAAUUGUAUCGCUGCGACUGUGGCCGUGUGUAUGCACAAAACGCUUCUCUCUGGCGUCAUCAGAAGUUCGAAUGCAACAAGGAGUGUCAGUUCGCCUGCCAUAUUUGUGGAAAGAAGUUUCGUCAGAAAGGAAGCCGGAAAGUACACAUGGUUCAUCUCCAUGGAGUUGUUUUUAAUUGAAAUAGUUUUAGUUUAUCUAGUGUUUUAACAUUAGCAAUCAACUGUGAUACUAUUUUAAAAUAAUAAACUAGUCCCGAGUU